GUUCACAUGUCGUCCCUCGCUGUAAAGUGACGUGAGUGGUGAAAGGAAGAGGAUAGAAGUCCAGAAAUUCACUCAGGACAGUAGUGCGUGCGAUCAAGACAAUCUUCGUAAGCAAUAAACUUCAUAUAACCACUUUCAGGCGGACGAGCAACGCUGCAGGCCGUGUGAGUGGCGCCGGGCACGAGGUUGUUGUGGUACCGACCCAGAAACGACACAGCAUCAAGUAAUGCUAUCACCGGGGAGUCCUUCCAAAUGGCAAACACAAGAUUCCCUCUCCUCCACCCCGAGUCUCAUGUACAGCGAGAGUGAGCAGACGGAGGAUGAAUCGGAGGUCUUCUCCUCUGAGAGCGAGGCGGCGGGAGUUCCAAAACCACUUUCCUUGGCCAACGGGAGCUCGCCCAAUUCAAAUUCUCGCCUCAGCUUUAUGAACCAGAGGAGCAAUAAUGUUGUAAAUGGGCAGACUGGGCAGACCUCAGCCCCAUCUGAGAGGAUUCCUACAGAAGGAGACCUGAGAUUUGCACGCAAAUGCUCAGAGCUGAAUGGGUACAUCAGGCCUCUAAUGGAGCUGUUGAAUGGGUUGAAAACCGGACGAUAUGAGAAAGGUUUGAGCUCAUUUCAGCAGAGUGUUGCCAUGGAUCGACUGCGACGGAUUGUGGGUGUUCUACAAAAACCUGACCUUGGAGAGAAGUACAUGGGCACUCUUCAGCAGUUGGAGAUGAUGCUGAAAGUCUGGUUUCCUCAAGUUAGGCCUCAGCAUCGUGACGGCACACACUCUUCACUCCACAGUCUCAUGGCUAAUCUGCCGCCACGCUGGAAUCAGGAUCAAUUACACAUUCCUGUCAAGAAGCGCAGAUUGAGUUGGUCCGACUCUGACUCGCAAGGAUCUUCAAGCAGCAAACGUUUCCUAGAGGACGACCGAGGGUCGAGUCCCAGUGACACCAGCUCAUGGCUCAGCAGCUCUGAGAACACAUCAAGCGAACUCGACGACGACAGUGCGAUCUGCACACACACAAAAAACGAAAUUGCAUCAGAAUCCAAACUUGUCGAAAAUGACCAUCUGAUCAUUGAGGAAAAGACAAUCUCUGUAAAGGAAACCCUUGGGACUGCAACAGGAAGACCACCUCCGCUUGUAAUACCGCUGACGGCCACAGGGGGCAGCGUUUUGGGCAUGCAGGACUGUUCGGUGUCAUCCACAACUCCCACUUCUGACUUAACGGACAGUGGGAAUGAAUCCGUAAAAGCAGAAGGGCCAAAAAAACAGGUUAUUCGUAAAUCGCAUCGCACAGAAACGUUACGCACAUAACAGUUUGUCGUAAUUUUUUUUUGUUUGUUAUCCUCCAGCCUAUCGAUAUUGGGAACUCAAUUUUUUCAGAACGCUUUUAUUAAGUUAGUCAGACUUUACAUUCUGCCGCAUUUAUGUACAACAUACAUGCUUUCAUAUAAACAAUACAGCAUAACAAUUUGUCUUACAUAUUUACGAAAGUUUUCAAAGGUCAGAAAAGUGUCUUAAAAUACACGACAUAGGGACAGCUACGAAACACUGCUGCACUGCCUUUCAGAAUGACACAGGCUUCCAACAAUAUCUGCCACUUUACGAACACGGGACGUCAGAUACCGACGGUUUAAUAAAACAUCCAGAAAACACGACUGCGAUCGCUAUCUACCUUAAUGUCCUUCGACUUGAACUGAGAACCACUUUUUAACAUCGAAUGAAACAGAAGUACAUUCAUACGGGGCGGAUAUUUUUUAUUUAUUGCGUCAUUACUUGAAGAUACUGAAAAUCACUUAAGCAGCCUUAAAACGAAUGACCUUUUGGAGAGGCCAUAUAUGGUGGGCCGCGGGUUGUUAUGAUAGCUGUGUUGUAUAUUUAUUACGAGGCGAAGAGAGUCCCAGGAGCAUUGAAAAGUAUUCUAUAAUUACAAGAGCAAAUUAUCAGUUUAUGGAAAUAAACGUUUGCCAAAAACAUUUGCACAUUUAUGUUCUUACGCUUCCAUGUUGUUAUUAUUAGAGUUAAUUUUGUCACUGAAAUCUAGUAGAUUGCACAGCUAGCUUGUACUCAGCCGAAAACCUUUUUUUUUUUUUUUUUUUUUUUUCAUUCAGAAUUUGGAGAUUUUGUCAAAAUAAAAGUGAAUUAUUAGUAUGCAGAGUGUCACACACUGUAAAGAU